AUGAGCUGCGGGAGCCCAUUCGGAUUAAGGGUGGGCCGUAUCGGAUUGAAUGAGGAGCGAUUUCUUCACAUGGAGGAGGAACUUGAACACCUUAACCAGGCCAGUGAGGAGAUCAACAAACUGGAACUACAGCUGAAUGAAGCAAGGAAUACCUACCGGAAAAUACUGUCGGAGUCUGCAAGGAAGUUGAACACUCAGGGGUCCCAACUCGGCAACUGCAUUGAGAAGGCGCGGCCUUACUAUGAGGCACGUCGACAGGCCAAGGAGGCCCAGCAGGAGACCCAGCGAGCUGCCCUGCGGUACGAGAGAGCGGUCAGUAUGCACAACGCUGCCAGGGAGAUGGUCUAUGUGGCUGAACAAGGACUGAUGGCGGACCGCAACAGGCUGGACCCCACCUGGCAGGAGAUGCUGAACCACGCCACCUCCAAGGUGAACGAGGCGGAGGAGGAGAGGUUGCGGAGUGAGCGGGAGCACCAGCGCGUCACCCAGUUGUGCCAGGAAGCGGAGGAUCGGGUUCAGGAGCUGCAGAAGUCCCUCAAAAGGGUGAUCAUCAAAUCCAAGCCCUACUUCGAGCUGAAAGCCCAGUUCAACCAGAUUCUGGAGGAACACAAGGCCAAGGUGACGGAGGUGGAGAAGCAGGUAGCCCAGGCCAAGACCCGGUAUUCGGUGGCGCUGCGUAACCUGGAGCAGAUCAGCGAGCAGAUCCACGCCCGGAGGCUGACCCGGCUGGUCUGUCGCCGGGCCUCCCCGGUGGGAGCUGAGGCUGCGCCGGCCUACCCCGAGAGGGAGCAGCAGCAGCAGCAGCUGGUGGUGGUGGGCAAGUCCUCGGCCUACCCGUUGCCAGAGGAGGAGGAGGAGGAGAAGGGGCUGCAGGGCCUACCCCAGCCCCAGGCCUCGGACAACCUGUCGGUGCUGAGCUUCCAGACCAUCGCCUCGGACCUGCAGAAAUUUGACUCCGUGGAGCACCUGGGCGAGCUGUCGGACGCCCUGAGCCUGGACAGUGACGACGUGAGCCUGGAGGCCGGGAGGCCGCGCAGGGGCUCCUUCCCCUUCAAGCACCACCGCAGCAUCAGCCUGUAGGGGGGGGGGGGGAGAGAGAGAGAGAGAGAGAGGCCUGCCUCAGGGGGAACCCCUCCUUCCCCACCCAUGGGGCGAGGAGAUGGGUGGGAGUGGGAACGUGGAGGCUCCAUCGUACAAUUCUUUAUUAGGCCUUUGUAGAUACCGGCCCCAUCUCGGUCAGAGGGGGGGAGAUGAGUGGGGGUUGGAGGGGGAUAGUAGGGGAACCUAUUCCAUCCCAUUCCCUUCUCCCCACCCCCCCAGCUCGACUCUGCUAUCCCCACCGCCCAGUCCCUCCUCCCCCACACACCUCCCCACCGAAGGUACUCAGCUCUGUAUCAUAGACACGGGACCUCCCACCCCCCCCCACCCAGGUACAGUCUAAAAGGUGAAGGUUAGCAUUGCUAUCCAAACUGGGGGGGUGGUUUUGGGGUGGACACAGGCUGGGUUGCUGGGGUGUAAACGGGGUUCUCUGCUGGCCUGGCCCCCCCCCCCUCCCCAAUGUAAACAGAGAGGAACUCUCCAGAGGGGGGGGGGGUUACAGGGGAUCGCGGUUGGUUGUCCUGCUGGGUUAAGCACCGACACUGUCCGCUGUGUCCCCUUGGUGGGCCAUCUCCGUCCCGGGCAGCCUGUCCUGGUGGGUUCACCCCCCUCCUCUCCCAGCCUGCGGGAUCGGUACCCACCCUCUAGGGUUCGCUGCCAAUAGCCCUGACCGCGUGGGGCAAACCGGGGGGUCUGAGCGUUCGCAAAGUGAGGGACCCUCACCCCUCGCAGAAUGAACACAUGGUCUGUCCAGUUAGGGACUGAUCCACGCUCUGCUGAGGAAAGGAAAGGUGCUACUGCAUAUAUCAUUAGCCAGUGAGCUAUCCUUAGACUGCUGAGUGAACAUUGUACUUUGCACAGUUAGGGAGUAAUUUAGACCCCACUGAGUUCAUGGUGGGCGGAGGGUCUCGGUAAAAUAUUACCUCCAGUAACUCCAGCUCUUUAGCAUCCAGUGGGUCAGACACUGUCCUCCCCCUCCUCCUCCCGCCUCCCCCUCCCCCCCCCUCUCUCUCUCUCUCUCUCUGGGACUGGGUGGGACAUUGGGUCAGAAACUGUCCUUUCCCCCUCCUCCCUCUGGGACUGGGUGGGACAGUGGGUCAGACACUGUCCUUUCCCCUCCCUCCCUCUGGGACAGUGGGUCAGACACUGUCCUUUCCCCUCCCUCCCUCUGGGACAGUGGGUCAGGCACUGUCCUUUCCCCCCUCCCUUUGGGACUGGGUGGGACAGUGGGUCAGACACUGUCCUUUCCCACCCCUCACUCUGGGACUGGGUGGGACAGUGGGUCAGACACUGCCCUUUCCCCCCUCCCUCUGUGAUAGGGUCGGACAGGGGGUCAGACGCUGUCCUUUUCCCCCCCUCCCUCUGGGACUGGGUGGGACAGUGGGUCAGACACUGUCCUUUCCCCCCCUUCCCUCUGGGACUGGGUGGGACAGUGGGUCAGGCACUGUCCCCCCCCCCCUUCCCUCUGGGACAGUGAGUCAGACACUGUCCUUUUCCCCCCUCCCUCUGGGACAGGGGGUCAGACACUGUCCUUUUCCCCCCUCCCUCUGGGACAGUGGGUCAGACAUGGGGUCAGACACUGUCCUUCCUCCCCCCACCCCCUCAGGAAGUGUACCCGGCCCCUUACCCUGCCUGAUGCUGCUGAACUUGAUGACCAUUAUGUUUUAGUAACUGGCUGAGGUAGAAGUCCUCCAUAUUGAGUUUGAGAGAGUUGGAGUUACGACGUUAUCAGCGCGUUCUCACAGUUCUCGGUUUUUUCAGUGACCUGGUGGGGUGG